AUGCCAACUCUGAAACAGCGAAUAAGAAACUCCAGUCUGCCUCGCAGAUACCACAACCUAGUUUCACUCUUUUCCACCUUGUUUCACAUCUCCCCCUGCACGCCCUUCGUUAUCAGCACACCAAGACUUUCCACACACAGCUUGCGCAAUGCAAGUCGCCGCCGCCAUGCAAAUCUUGGUAUGCAACUCCUUCCGCACCUUGCAAAUCUAGUUUUCUGGUAUCUUGCAGUCGUGACGUCCUCCGUUGGACAUGCCUUCCGCCCAUACUCUGAAGAUCCUCAUUUCUGUCGAACUGGCCCGUCCCAGUCUCUCCAGGUUACACGAAUCCGCACUGCUCCCCUGCCGCCCGUUCGGGCGACAUGCAUCGAUCCCUCGCGCGCAAGCCAGCGCACCACAGCGAAACGAGUGCAAAAAAAGAAAUCCCCAACCGUGCGAGCCCACACGUCCGCCGCAGGGCAGCAACGACUUGUCUGCAUUUGUCUCCUCCAACGCAUCCUGCGGGUGCUUUUUUUCCUUUUUUGUAUCUGGCUUUUGGCUUUUCCAACGAAUGCAUGUUGUUCCGCGUCCCCGAGUAACAGUGCCCACAGGCGCCCGUCCGUGCCCAGCAGCUGGUGCCGAGAUUUUCCUCCGUCCACAGGCACGCGAUCGGAAACUUCCCGUCCUAUUUGGAUCUUCUUUUCGGCCUGCAGGGGAUUCUGCGCCUAUCUUUGUCUUUGA